UUCAUUUUUAACAUCUUAUCAAACUUUUUGAAUAGAUAACUGUACUAUAUGUUGCAAUUUUUUUUAUUUUACAGCAAUAAAGGUGAUCAAAAAGAUAGAACAGAUAUACUACACAUGAAGCAUAAAGUGCUAUGGCCAAGUGACUCAAUGGCCGAACUCCUAGGUAGUGGCUCUUUUCCAAGACCAUUUGGGCAUCUCCCUCUCCCUUAUAAGGCACCUCAUUCACAUAGAGAAACUAAUGACUAUAUCGAUGGUGAAACAAGUGAGGGAAAGGCAGAAAAGGAAAGAAAGAUGAGAGGAAGUUAAAAGGAAUGCUCAUACUGAGAUACAGUUUCUGCAAGAAAGAUUACAAAAGGAAAUGGAAGUGAAAUUAAAAGAGCAGUUAGAAGCUUUUAAAGGAGAGUUAUUAGGCGGCUUAAACAUUGUUUUAACUCAGAUACACCAAUGUUACCCGAAAAUAGCAAUUUCGACCCUGUUUAGCAUUCCAAAGACAAAUGAUGUGCAAGCUGAUGCACGUUCUUUUGUUGAGAUCAAAGAAGGAAAAGAAGAAAAUACUCAUAAAAAGCUACGUGAGAAAGAAAUUCAACCUGUGGACAACCUCGCUGAAGUGAAACCGAAGAAACACACACAGAAGCCUAGGGGCCUAUGUCCAAGUGGCUCAAAGCCUGAAGUCCUUGAAGUGCAACAGGAGAAACCACGCAUCAUAGGAAAUAAGCGUAAGGUCUCAUGGGGCUCCAUGUUUGAAGUGUUUGGUGACCAAGAGAAAAUUGCCUCCAGCCCUCAUCUAGCACCAAAAUCAGUUGACCAAGAGGAAGUCGUUGAUCAGUAUAUACAAAAGAGCAAGUCAAAAGAACACCAGGCCAAAAAAAUCAAAGUUGAGAAGGAUCAUGAUAUGCUUGAGAAUCCGCCGAGUUCUUUUUCUCUCUUAUGGGAUAAGUUUGGCAAAAAUUUUAAAGAAGUAGAUCGAAAUUCUGGUGUUAAUAAAAUGGCUAUUAAAGCAUGGAACUCCAUGAAUAAUGAAGAUAAACAACAUUAUUUGGAUAAAGCAGCUAAGCGCAAGGCAAAACAUGAGAAACUUAAGAAAAAAGGCUGACUAGAAUUGAAUUGUUAUUCAUGUGACACCUUAAGAUUAGUGGCCACUAUGAAGACAUCCUCCACUGAAUCUAUGAUAGCCACCAAAUUCUGCAAUCUUGCAGGCAGAACAUUAUGAAGAUGAUUGCGGAUAAGCAACGGCACAAGACAAAGGAGAUUAAAGAGAAGGCUUGCAUUUCUCAUGUGCAGCUUGAUGACCUUAAAGAGAAGGGGAAAUUGUGUUGGAUGAAAACUUAAUUGUAAUCAUUUUUGUAUGUAAUUCAAAUUGUGUUGUAUAGUUUAAAUUGUGUUGCAUAGUUUAUUUUCGUCAUGCAAGAAUAAGAACAGAGAAGAGGGGAACUUUUAUAGAGUAUGUAAUUCAAACUAGUUAUUAAAACUUGUAUCUAAUAUUGGUUAAUUCAAAUAUGAAUGAAGUCUAAGCAAA